AGUAAAGGAAGAUGAUCCUAGAGCUGAGGGUCUUUGGCGCUGUGAGAUUGCAAUUUUCAUACGAAGAAAGAGAGAACGACAUAGUCUCGAGGCCAUGCGGGUUUACAUACAGAAGCGGUAGAAGACGCAGCGGGACGUCUAUCGUGCCUACAAUCUCAGCUGAUUUGAAUAAUUGUCAACCUCAUCGGCUACAUAGACCUGAUAUCUACCCAUACACGACGCAAUAAGACUUUUACUCGGUCUUCACGGUGGGAAGGCGAUGCUAAUUAUCCGACUAUGUAAAUUAUGUUGCUGAGAGAGUUUUGCAAACAUUCAGCGACCCCCUGGACCUUCGGCCUCGGACCCUCUGCCAAAAAAAAACAUUUCAGGACAUCUUAUUCUCCUUUUCUGGUUUCUUCCCAAUGUGAAUGUAUAACGACGAUUGUACGAUGUGUGGCUCAGCGUGGUGUCAUGCAUCGUUGAGGCCCGGAGAGGAUGAGAAGGAACAAAAAGGAAUCACACUUGGAAAAGGAUGAAGCAGCGGAUCAGUUGGCCCGUUUUAUUUCUCAUGUAGCAGCGUGUGUGUUCCAGGGAUGCAGACUCCACACGAGAUGGUUUAUUACCACGGCAAUUGAGGUGAAGUCAUCCUUCUCCAAUACAGAAGACAAACUCCUCAAACGGCUCAAGAAUCUCUGGACAAACCAAAAUUAAGAUGACGUGGUUAGGAGACAUCGCGAACAACAUGCUCGCAAAAAUGAUGUUUGGUGAUACGCCUCCGAACCGGGUUCUGGAAGUGAGAGCCGAUAAGUAUGGAAGUCGUCACAUAGAAUGCCGCGAAGAUGGGCUAGUUCUGUACAGCCCAGAAGGGGACGACAAGACCGACAAUUACGAAAUAAUCCUACACCGUCCCUGCAAUGAAUCAUGGCAUCAAGCUUACAGCCUCUUCCGGGCUAACAAUCUCGAAGUUGUUCAAGCAAGAUUUACAGUGUACCAAGAUAAAAUACCACCGCUGCUCGAGAUUUGCCAGGAGUUGUGCACAGUACAGAGGAUCCAAAGAAUUUGCGAUACCUUGUCCAAUCAUUCAGAUUGGACAUUAGCCCAUUUAGCCGCUUAUCUCGUCCUUUACGACGCCUUCCAGCACGCCAUUGUGAAUAAAGAGCUGAAUAGCCCCGCCGCAUCAACAGGAAUUUCUCCCCUGCAAGUUGCGAUUGAGACCAAUAAUCUUCAGAUGGUCCAGCAACUCAUCAAUGCCCGUGCAUCCAGAGAACACUUGGACUGGAAUGCCAACACGGUCUAUCAUUACGCAGCUGCCUCAACUAAGGAGAUAAUCUUUGCCCUUGGCCCGGAUUUUCCAAAUAUUUUAAACAGCAGAAACAGUGCAGGACAAACUCCACUCCAUGUGGCAUGCCAGAAUAACAAACCGGACUGCGUCAAAGCCCUCUUGAUAAUCGGAGCUAAUGUCAAUAUGUCAGCAUCGGAGAGCACCCAAAACUGUCCCAGUUACGUUGGAAAUUACCUGAACACCAAGCCCAAUUCUUUAAUUGCCGAGGACAUGAAAUUUGGAGGAACACCAUUGCACUGGUCAUCAAGUAGAGAAGUUCUGAAUGCAUUGAUCGAAAUGCAUUGCGAUAUCGAUGCUGUUAAUUUCGAUGGAAAAACUGCUCUCCACAUUAUGGUAAUGCGAAAAAGACUAGAGUGUGUUGUUGCUCUGCUGAGUCACAUGGCAUCCGUGAACAUGGUGGACAAUGAGGGAAAUACUCCUCUGCAUAUAGCAGUGGGGAAAGGUGGAACAUUGUCCAUCGUUCAAACAUUGCUAGGCUUUGGGGGUGAUCUGAAUGCCAAGAACUUCAAGGGUGAAACUCCCCGGCAUCUUGUGGACCUGAAGAGCAGUGAAGGAGAGAAAAUUCUCUAUGCACUGCACGCUGUUGGAGCUGAAAGGUGUGAAGCAUCUAUGAACGAUUGCCAUCUCGGUUGUAAAUUUAACGAGAACUACAAUGGAGUUGCACCUCCAGAGCCUCCAACCUCAGUUCCAAGGACAAUAUUGGAUCAGAUGCUGUACGUGGCCAGUAUGGAGCAGAUGGGGUCCAAAGCGCCAAAGAAUUUGCGAGGUGGUAGAUUGCUAUGUCUCGACGGCGGUGGCAUCAGAGGAUUAGUUCUCGUUCAAGUACUCAUAGAGAUUGAGGAAAUUCUGGGGAAAUCAAUUGCCGCUUGUUUCGAUUGGAUAGCUGGAACAUCGACUGGAGGAAUUUUAGCUCUGGGUAUUGCCGCUGGUAAGAGCCUCCGGGAAUGUCAAGCUCUUUACUUUCGUAUCAAGCAGGAUGCAUUCGUUGGAUCUCGACCCUACAACAGUGACAGCCUUGAAAAAGUUCUCAAGGACAGUUUAGGUGCUAACACGACGAUGGCCGACAUCAAGCAUCCCAAGCUGAUGAUAACAGGGGUUCUUGCUGAUCGAAAACCAGUGGAGCUUCACCUUUUCAGGAAUUAUGAAUCUCCGAGCUCGCUCCUGAAGGUUCCCCAGGGUUCAAAAUUUAAGGAUACAUUGCCUCCUCACGAACAAUUACUCUGGAAGGCAGCAAGAGCUACGGGAGCAGCUCCCUCGUACUUCAGGGCCUUUGGAAGAUUUCUGGAUGGUGGAUUAAUUGCUAAUAAUCCUACUCUCGAUGCUAUGACCGAAAUACAUGAGUAUAAUCUGGCUUUGAAUGCUGUUCACCGUGAAGGCGAGAUGACUCCUCUAUCUUUGGUUGUUUCAAUUGGUACUGGUGCUGUGCCUGUUUCUCCGUUGAAGGACAUCGAUGUCUUUCGUCCAGAGGGUCUUUGGGAUACAGUUAGAGUUGGCAUGGGAAUAUCUGCUCUUGGAACGCUGUUGGUAGAUCAAGCCACUUGCAGUGAUGGUAGAGUUGUAGAUCGUGCCCGGACCUGGGCCUCCAUGACUGGCAUUCCAUAUUUUAGAUUCAAUCCCCAGUUGUCCAGUGAAGUCUGCAUGGAUGAAAAGAACGACGAGGUGCUUGCUGACAUGAUCUGGACCUCCAAGGCGUUCAUGCAUGCUAAUAGAGAUCAAAUCAAGGAACUCGCAGCUCUCAUUAAUAGAGAUCCGUAAGUUUUAGGGCUGUUGGAGUACAGCAUCGCGAUAUUCAUAAUUAUGUAGGCGCGAGCAGUGGAAAGUGAUCUGUUUACCAUAGAUAAUUAAUUUACACAAGCUACCUCCACACAGAUCUGAUAUUACAUUGAUCCUUCACUCCAAUCUUUGACCCAAAAAUUGACAAUUUUUUUGGGAUGUGCAUCGUGCAUUGCUCUCGAAAUUAAUCUGUAUAUAAAUGUAAAUGUGUAAUGUGAAUUCGAUGAGCGAUUCCAGUUCGUCAUACCGUAGUACUGUUGUUAUCACUUUUAAAUUAUUAAGGAUGCUGAGCUUCCUUCGAAAUGCACUGGAUUGUGUUUAACCUUUAUUGCUUGAUCAUGAAUGAAAUUGAAUAUUUUCAGCCAGACAAGGGUGAAAUAUUCAGUUUUAUACAACUUUUCAAUCUCUAGAAUGGUAAUGUUGAGGUUUUGUUGAAAGAGGCGAAGUGAAAAUGAAUCGACUGUCAUAGUCAUAAGAGAAUCCUCGUCCUCAAUUAAUAAUGUCAUUUAAUAGUGUCGAUAUUCAGUGCACAUCAAGAACGUAUGGGAUAUCAUUUUUUAAAUCAGUUGGAAAAUUUAAAUGUAGGGCUAUUUCCGUGAUCAUUUUAACGCAAUGGAUGUAACAAUGUCGGUUUUUUUCUUGCGAAGACACUCAAGAAUGUUAUUUUCUUGCCAACUCUAAAAUAAUUAUAUUUUUGAGUAGAACCACUCUCUCGAAAAAUUCAAAUACCACUUGGUUUUGUAUAAUUUUGUAACCAUAAGGAUGAAAUGUAACAUCGAAAGGUGCGGCUGAAUGAAAAGAAAUAAAUGUGAUGUAAACAAUCUAUAAUCAAAAA